CAGAAGAAGAAACUCUCAGGUUUGAUUCGGCGGGGCGCUGGAAAGAAAGAAAGAAACAUUUUUUUUUAACGGAAGCCCUUUGCACGUCACAAUAAGGGUGCCAUUACGUGUCUGGGAUGGGUUUUCUAGUAAAAGUUGUUUAAUACUUUUGCGCAUAUGCAUUAUAACGAUUCUUUUAGCAUGAUUGUCAAUUAUAGUAGCAGUAGCGGUUCUGAAGAGGAAACCGAAGGCUCUUCAAAAGACGAUUCCUCACCUUUAAGGAAAAGAGGAAAACUUGACACUGAAACCAGGUUUGCACGAGUGAACCUUUGGAUCAUGCAUCUGUUAAAAGGAAAGCUGGCAAAUCAUCCCACUUGACACCUCACCUGCCUCUUCCAGACAGCGUGAAAGAGAUGUUCAGAGACCCUGAAGACCAGUGGAUCGAUAAAAGCGAAGUGCAUGGAGGGCGACAGCGGUCCUUCCAACAUGAGCGGGGCAACUGGGCUACAUACGUGUUUUGUCCCUAUGAUCCCGAGGAAGCCUUUCUGGAGCUCAUCAAUGGGAUGAUGGCGGUUGCAGCUGCUCAUGGCAUCCCUCUGACCUUGUCUGAAGAGUUUCACAUCAGUAUUUCAAAGACGGUGGUUCUGCGCCAUCACUGGAUCCAACCAUUUAUCCAGUCCAUUCGGACCAGUCUGACACAGUUCCAGAAGUUUUCCUGCUUGGCUGAUAAACUGAGGGUUUAUUCUAAUGCUGAAAAGACUAGGACCUUUCUUGGUAUGGAAAUAUCCACCGGAAAAACUCAGUUCCUUGAGCUUAUCAAAAUAGUGGAUGAAACCAUGAAAGAAUUCAGCCUUAGCACCUUUUAUAAGGAUCCUUCUUUCCACGUAAGCCUUGCUUGGUGUGUGGGAGACCAUACAGAAAGACUGAAAAAAACAUGUUUGUCACAAAUGCAGAGUCUCGUUGAUGCUCAUGAAGAUGGGCCAUUUUACAUACAGCUCAACUGCACAGAGCUUCGUUGCAAAUCGGGAAAUAAAGUCUUUCUUUUCCCCCUCAAGUGAUCUUGCAACACUGUUAAUGUAUUGCUGUCAACGUGUGUUUUAACACUUUUCAUAUUUAAGCAGAAUAUAAUAAAGCUUUUGUACUGAAUACUAAUGCAUAAAGAUCUCUUUGUUACAUAAUAAAAGUUUGGUAAAGAGCAUUUUAUUGUACAUAAUCGCAACAUGGUGAUUUUUUUUUCACUAACUUAGGGCAUGUGUGCGACCCUAGGUUUGCAUUCCGCUGAAAAACGCAUUGCAUUUUUACCAUCUAACCAUUUUAUGAGGAACACGCCACAUCCUGAAACUGAGACCUGGUUUCACUUUCCACAAAAAGUCUUUGUUUUUAGCUUAAUUUUACAACUCCAAUUGUAAAGGCAAGAAAUAAGUCACUUCACAAAUAAUUAUUCAUGAUAUUCCAGAGGUCAGUACACGUAAAAAAUAAAAUACAAAACAGCUUGUACACGUGUAACAAAUCCGUUAACCCUUCGAGGGUCAUGGCACACUUGCAGUCACAGAGGUUAAGCUGACAUAUUAAGCAACAAUGCGAUAUCCAGCAGUCGUAUUGCACUACAUUCGCGAUCUCUUGAUAAAAAUACAUAAAUCAAUACCCGUCACAGAUAGCCAGAUAAAUAGCCAUUGGCUUGUUCAACAUAAAUACUGCAACGUCAGUACAAUUUGGAUAGAAAAUGCAUUAAAAAAAAAAAGCACUAGAUAAAAUAAAAGAUUUCAAGAAGUAGGAGGUUAGAGGUUAAAAACGGACAAUAUUUAAAAAUGUAAUUGACAAUGUUUAACGGCAGGCAAUUGCUACUUCACAUUAAUCAACUGUAAUCUGAACAUUAAAUUCUAGGUCAUAUUAAAUAAUUCGAUCUGAAUUAAGCAGUAAAAAAAAAAAAACUAUAAACGUUGAUUGUGCCCAACAAUAGACUAUUUUACAUUGAUCUCCUGAUAAACCUGAAUUCCACAAUUAGGGAACUUUGAAAAGUAUUUUAGAUAAAUGUACAUCCUCUAGAAGUGACCCAUUCCGCCCAAAAGCAGAACCGAGUCCUGCCCCUUUGGCAAACCAGAAUCUUCGGUUCGAAGUUAAAGAGGGGAAGUGUGAUGCCGUCACGGUGAAAACAGCACGUUUUUGAUAUAGUUAACCGUGGUUAUGUUCAGCAG